GGGGCAGGCGCCCGCCCCAGGGAGGAGAGUGACCUCAGCACUGGAGAAGCCUCUGCUCCCCGUCAGAGCGAGGACAGCUGGCAGCUCCAGGGCACCGCAGUCCCCGCUCCAGCGUCCUAUCUGUGGUGCGCUGCCGCAGCGGUGGGAAACCUGCGCCUUGCGGGCCACCCGGCGCCAGCCUCGGCCUAAAGGAGCUCUGGGCUCUUGCUGGGACCGCUGCCACAGCCGGCCGCCUGCCUGCUGCCGCUCCUGCUGUGUGAUGGACGCCCCAACCCCGGCCGCUGCCCAGGGCAGGGCCCUCUGGGCUCUCCUCCUGGCCACACUUGGCUCUGCGGCCGGUCAGCCUUUGGGGGGAGACCCCGUGUGCACGGCGCGCCCCCUAGCCAAGUACAGCCUCACCUUCACGGGCAAGUGGAGCCAGACGGCAUUUCCCAAGCAGUACCCUCUGUUCCGGCCCCCUGCACAGUGGUCCUCCCUGCUGGGGGCAGCGCACAGCUCUGACUACAGCAUGUGGAGGGAGAGCCAGUACGCCAGCCACGGGCUGAGGGACUUUGCGGAGCGCGGCGAGGCCUGGGUCCUGAUGAGGGAGCUGCAGGCGGCCGGAGAGCAGCUGCAGAGUGUGCACGAAGUGUUCUCGGCGCCCGCCGUGCCCAGUGGCACGGGCCAGACCUCCGCAGAGCUCGAGGUCCACGCCAGGCACUCGCUUGUGUCCUUUGUGGUCCGCAUCAUCCCUAGCCCCGACUGGUUUGUGGGCAUCAACAGUCUGGAUCUGUGUGACGGGGACCGAUGGAGGGAACGGGUCACUGUGGACCUUUACCCACACGAUGCCGGGACAGACAGUGGCUUCACCUUCUCCUCCCCGAACUUCGCAACCAUCCCGCAGGACACGGUGACAGAGAUAACGUCCUCCUCGCCCAGCCACCCGGCAAGCUCCUUCUACUACCCUCGGCUGAAGGCCCUGCCCCCCAUCGCCAGGGCGACCCUCACGCGGCUCCGGCAGAGCCCCAGGGCCUUCGUCCCGCCCACCCUGGACCUGGCAGGCAGGGGCAACGAGAUCACGGACGGCCUCUCAGUUCCAGAAACGCCGCUGGACUGCGAGAUCUCCCUGUGGUCCUCCUGGGGGCUGUGCACAGGUCCCUGCGGGAAGCUGGGAGCCAAGAGCAGGACCCGCUACGUCCGUGUGCAGCCCGCCAACCAUGGGGCACCCUGCCCGGAGCUGGAAGAGGAGGCAGAAUGCAUCCCUGACAACUGUGUGUGAGCCCCUUGACCCCAUGGCAGCUGGGUCGGGGCCAAGCCGGCAGUGUCACCGCCUCUCUGAGCCCCACUGCUGACUGAUCCCUCCACACAGACGUGCCUGGGCCGGAGGGGACCCUGUGAACAGGCACCUCCUCUCUGCAAGUUCUCCCUGCAGCCCCACAUCAGAGGUCGGCUCCCUCUGGUGGAGGCUCACAAGUCUGCUCAAAGUCACGUCCGGUAUGUCUACCAUGUGUGGCCACUGUCUUCCAUGGGAAGGGUGUACACUCGACGCCCGUGCAGGUGCACUGCAGGAGAGCAGGGCGCCCCAGGCCAGGAACCCACACGCUGUGAAAUAGCUUGGACCUGGUGCCCAGGCAGCCGCUGGCACAGGAGCCCGGCAGCUACACCUGCUCCUUGGGGCAAGGCUGCCACCGGUGUUUGCUGCUCCAGGCACCCAAGCAGGUGACGUGCGGGAGAUAAGUGAAGGGCAGGCAGGCUGGGACCCCUCACCUGGCAUUGUCACAGUACUGAUCUGUGCACUUGAA